GAUUUCCUCUUGUCAAAUUGAAUUCAUAUGAUAACUAACCCGCUUCUAAAAUCACAGACAGCUCUGUUUGACAAUAAUGGACGAAUAAGGAUGGUUUAUAACUAACCCAUGGGACACCUUACUCAACUCUGUGAGAACUCCGCGGGUGUAAGAGCAACAGACAUUAUCCACCAUCCCACCCACACAAAUCAACAUGACCUCCCAGCAGGCCAACCCUUUGCCGGCAUUCAAGAGCCCCGCUGACCUCAGUCCGGACUACUUCUCCUGGGUCCUUCGCCUCCAGAUCAUCAGCCUGGGCUUUGCCUUCUACACUGCCAUUUUCUUCCUCUCCCACCUGGUGUCCACAGCCUUCUCCCAGACCUACCACUCUCUGCUGGCCAAGGAGAAGGUGUUCUGGAACCUGGCGGUCACACGGGCCGUAUUCGGCCUCCAGAGCACGGUGGCAGGCUUACGCGCUCUAACCGAAGACUCUGCCUUGUCAAGGGACAGGAUAAGAGGUCAGGAGGACUGGUCGUGGUUCACCGUGCUCACCGCCACGGGCUUCUUCCUGUUUGAGAAUGUGGCGCUGCAUCUCUCCAGUGUGGUGUUCAAGUCCUUCGACCUUGCUCUGGCUACCCACCAUUUCUUUGCCCUGUCGGGGUUCACUGGGGCUGUGGUCUGGGACUCACUAGGGCAUUACCUGCCAAUGGUCACUCUGCUGCUGGAGAUGAGCACGCCUUUCACCUGCAUCUCCUGGAUGUUACUAAAGGCGGGCUGGGCAAGGACCCUCUUCUGGAAGGCCAACCAGUGGGUGAUGAUCCACAUGUUCCACUGCCGCAUGGUGCUUACCUACUACAUGUGGUGGGUGAGCUGUAGUCACUGGGGGGAGAUGAACAUGUACGUGGCUCUGCCCCAGCGAGUCCUCUUCUACACUGGCCUGGCCCUGCUCACAGUGCUUAUCAACCCCAUCUGGACACACAGGAAGACCAUGCAGCUCCUCAACCCUGUCGACUGGAACUUCAGCAACAAGCCAUUGCCCAACGGGUCCAGUGGAGAACGGGAAGAGAAACCUCAUGAGAGCUAAACUGAGCCAAGGACUGUGAUCCUGUUUUGUACAGUUACCUUUCUUUUACUAUGAUUGUAAAGGAGAGGAAGUGUGAUUCAAAGUGAGAAAUGGUCUAACUUUGGCUUUUAAGUUUGUAAAGGAGAGGAAAGGCCAUUUUUUAAAAUACUAUUUUCUUACUAACUAGCUUUUAGUGUUUGAAGUAUUUAAAGUUUUACUGAACUGUGUUUUUAAGGUUCUCAGUAUAGGUCUGUUGUCUCUACAAGACGUGGAUGAAAGGGCCUUUGACGACAAGAAAUGUCAUAGGUGAACUUAGUUUUAUAGUAGAAAAGUGUUGGCCUGACCCGUAUGCCGUUGGUUAUUCAGUUUUUGACGGUGUUGCUUUAAGUGGGAGUGCAGAUGAACAGAGAGAAAGGCAUAUUAUUGUUCUGUCUACUCAGUUCAGCUUCCAGCAGAAAGGUGUGAAUGUACUAGUUAACCUCUCUGGAAUGGGGUGUUGGCUUGUUUGAAGUUCCCUGAUGCGCCAGUGGUCUUUGCACUUACUGGUAAAGUGUGUGUGUGUGUGUGGUCACUCAAACACUAUGUGCCGAGCAAAGACCAGUCCAUGAGGCAGCAGAUUUACUUGCUGAGAACAAACUCAGUGACAGACUGAGACUGGGUCACGAUUUGGCAGAUGAGGAAAGUCUAACAGCUUUCGAACGUCAUUGGAAGGCAAGCAACUUCUUUCUGUAUUGUAAAAAAUGCUUUCUGACUUGCUUCAGAGUAGACUGUAAUGUGUGCUGGUAGUGUUGUGUGCUCUAGUUGAAUCUUUAUCAAUUAAUUUAAUCUUGAGAAAAUGGUUCCUGUAUUCUGUGGAUGUCUGAGUCGUAUCUUUGAUAGUGGGGUUGACUUAAUAGUAUAGACUCCUUGUAGACUCUCUAAACGUCUGACAGUGGAUGCUAAGAGAGCUGUGAGAAGCAGCGUUGUUUUCAGCGGUGGUCACCAAAGGGAGUGGAUAGACUCCAGGGUGGCAGGGUAGCCUAGUGGUUAGUGUUGGACUAGAAACCGGAAGGUUGCAAGUUCAAAUCCCCGCGCUGAGGAGGUACAAAUCUGUCGUUCUUCCCCUGAACAGGCAGUUGACCCACUGUUCCUAGGCUGUAAUUGAAAAUAAGAAUAUGUUCUUAACUGACUUGCCUAGUUAAAUAAAGGUAAAAUAUAUAAAACAAGCACCACGGUGCAGGCCAAAUGGAUGGUGAUGUCUUCCUUUUGUUACUUAUCAACUCUCUCUACCGCUGAUCUGUCGGAAAAUGAAGUUGGGGGUUAAUUCUUUGAGUAAUAUCUCCUUUGUUUGCUAUUUCCUAGACCUAUAAACCUGCGAUUUAAAUCCAGUUCAUUCAAGAUUUUCGUGAGAUGGAGUGUGUGAGUUUGAACCCUUAACCUGGUUGUUUGUGGACAGAUGCAUUUCAAUCCUGUAGUCUAGCAUUAAGCUUUUGGAAACUACUCAUCCACAUUGACCUACAUCCAGACUGCCAUACUGUACUUCACAAAUCCUCUCUUGAAUUGAGAGGUGUGGAAAAUAGAAUAAGAAUAUAUCAAUGGUACAAACAACUUAUGACACCAAGGCAUUACACCGGUGUGCAUCACGGUGAUGUCAUUAUAAAUUUUGAAUAGCUCCUCAUGUGUUUAUGCUAGAGACUUACCAUUUCUUGCAGUGGCUGCAGCUCAAUCCCCUUUCUUCUGAUUUAUAAAGCUUGCGCCCAUUCCAUAAUAUGGGGUUUGUGAAAGUGGUAUUUCUCUACACAAAGGAUCCAGACAAGAAAAUGGUCACGGAAUCAUCUGUAAAACCCGUACUGUUUGAGCUACAAACGAAAAAGUCACCCCAUGGAAAGAUGAGACUUUCAUGAACACGACGGUGUCAUAUGUUUUGCCCUUUGUCACACGCUUCAGGAGAGUCGUCUGAAGGUAACCCUGGACUGGCCUGUCAAAAUGGCCCAACGUGCUUUGGGUUAAAAUUUUCACUAAUAAAGUGACCAAACACGGGUCAAAUUUUUUAUGUCUCUCAGAUAUAGGAAAAAUACUUCAAAACCUUAGUCCUUUUGACGGUGUUUUGUGAUGUACAAAUGUGUUAUUCAAUGUGUUUUUUUUAUGGGCUAUAGCAGUAAAGGCCAAAUUCAAUGUUUUAAUUAAAUAAUUUAUAUAUACAGUAUUUAUACCUACAGGGGUCCUAAAAUUCAAACUGAAAUGGUUAAAUGAUACAUUUUAUGGUCAUCUUUUAAAACAAUUCCAUAUGUUAGCUUAGUAGCUAUUGCAAUCUAAGGGCUCAGACCCACACUGGUUAAACACACUUUCAUUCUCAUCUAGAUGCUUUUUAGGAAAUGGUUAGGUUCAAUCUGCUUUGCAUCAUAGGUUCGUGUUAUGUCUUCUGUUAAAAUGUAUUUCAUUAGACAUUUUCACACUCAGUAUUACAUUAGUCAUAUAUCCUAGAACUCUGCUGGUAUUGGUUAGAAAGGAUAUUACAAGUAAUUCACAUGGGAAAACCUCAACAUUCAUUACAGUAUUUUCAUAGUCUUAGGUAAUGAGUUUGUAGUUGAUUCUUCUGGGUUAAGUGGUUCGAGAGGAAAAGGGGGAACAGGCAUCAUUUCUUGUUUAGCUUGCUUUUAUUUUUUAUUACAAUAGAUUAUUGAAUUCAAAUAGAUGCACGACUUAAGACCUUCAUAGCCAUAAUUAACCUAAACUUUAUAGUUUUAAAAUCUUUUUUGAAUUCAGGUUUUAUUACGCUUAUGAAGUAAGUCUUGUUGUUUAGUUGACAUGUUUGCCUGGCAUUAAGAAUAUAGCAAUACAAUAAAGAAAAUGUACACAGUAGCUUUAUUUUAGUUGGUUGAUGCCAGCUUUAACCAAAUACAAUGGAGUUAUUUAUGGGUUCCAAACUUGAUUAUUUGUAUUUCCAGUGGGAAUUUUGUCAAUCUUUCUUUAAAUGUUUUCUACUACGAUACAGUCUAAUUAGUUCUGAGCUUGUAUAUUAACAGUGUUGGAUUUGCCAUUAAUGUCUACUAUUGUCUGUCAGUGUGAUGGAUGCUCACAUAUUCAUAGUGUCAUUUUCUCAGACUACCACUCAAAUCUGUUCACUUUAACAUGAGCUGUCAAUAAAACCUUUAACAUCC